AUGGUUGGUUUUGAUUUAUAUUCAGCUGUGGCAACUACGAGGAGGCAUAACCUACCGACGUCAGACUCCGGUGCCUUCACGGACUGGACGGCGGCGGCGACAACGACGACGACAUCUUCCCGCGCCACCGAGGAUCUAUCUCUUGGUUUCAAUGCUGGUCCCGCCGUUGUUCACGGUGGUUUAGGCUCAGCUUCCGCUGGAGCCCCAUCAUGGCCUCCCGGAUCCACCGUCCGCUACGGCCUCCCUUCGGCGGCGGAGAUGAGCAUGGUCGGUUUAAGAGACGUCUACCUUGUGGCUCCGGCUUACCACCACCACCACCAGAACGUUGGACUUGUUACUGGAUCUGAUCAGAUUAACAGUAAUGCAGCGGCGACGUCUCUCGGCGUCGGAGUUAUUCCGCUUCUCACGACGGCUCCGACGCAGAACGUGGAAGACACCGACAUUAACUUCCUCGGGAACAGCCGGAGGUGGCAUAACAAUGACAGCAGCAACAACCAGACGGAGUAUCUUCACUUCAAGAACUCUCAUCAUCAGGUCACAGUUGCGUCGAGUUCUAAGAACUCGGGGUCGGGCUCAGGGGGGACCGCCACGUGUCAAGACUGUGGUAACCAGGCGAAGAAGGAGUGUAAGCAGAGGCGGUGUAGGACGUGUUGCAAGAGCCGUGGCUUUGAUUGUUCAACUCACGUGAAGAGCACGUGGGUCUCUGCGGCUCGUAGGAGAGAGAGGCAUGUGAUUCCCGCAGGGAAUCCAACGGCUGGCUCGUCUCCUUCGACCUCUUCUGGGACCAAGAAGCCGAGGAUCGCUGGGUCUCAGCAACAAGCCACUUCUCAUACUUCGACUUCUAACACUCCUCCUCAGAGUUUGGAUACCAGCUCCAGCCGCCAAGAAGGAGGAGGGUCAAGAAAAGCGUGGCCGGGGCAGGUUAAGGCCGCAGCUGUGUUCAAGUGUGUGAGAGUGACGGCAAUGGAGGACGGGGACGACGAGUACGCUUACCAGGCGGUGGUUAAAAUCGGUGGCCAUAUCUUUAAAGGCUUCUUGUAUGAUCAAGGGCUUGAACCUAAAGAAGGUUUUCCUAAUAUGUCGGAUUUGCAUUUAGGUGGGGGAGGCAAUAGCCAUAACGAAGUGUCUGCCUCGCAGCCUAUUCUUGACCCGCCAAAUGUCUACGGUGGUGGUGGUUCAGGCGCUGGGUUUUAUGGUUGA